UGAAGGUAUUAUUAACAGUCCUGAGAGUAAGUUGAUACUUAGACGAUCACUAAUUGACUCAUAUCCAGUAAAUAUGGUUAAAUAUAUUGUCAGUGCUUUCAUCGCGGUGUGUCUGGUGGCUGCCAUCAGGGCUGGUGAGAUACCCCCGGAAUUCAAAGAGAUCGCACCCGAAGUGAGAAGAGUAUGUCUAGAAGAAAGUGGCGCUGAAAAUGAAUGGGUUGUGAAAGCAAAUAAGGGCGAUUUCACUGACGAUCCGAAAUUCAAGUGCUACCUGAAGUGCACCCUGGCUCAGUUUGGUGCUGUUUCGAGGAAGGGAGUCAAUUUCGAUGCACUGACUAAACUGGCACCACCUGCUUACAAAGAAAUCCUCGAUAAAGUCAUCUCCGCGUGUAAGGACACGAAGCCAACAAUACCCGGAGAUGUAUGCGAUCAAGUGUACGAGGCUAGCAAAUGCUUCUACCGAGCAGCUCCUGACAAUUACUUCGUUAUGUAAGUGCCUAAUGGAGUGCAACCCUGCCACUAACCGAGAAUGAUAAAGACAUUGGAAAGGAAAAUGAUAGAGAGUUUAAGUAGAAUUCGGUAGGGGGAAUUCAUUAAUUUUGAUCUCCAUAAUUAUAUGUUUGUAAUUAUUUGCGAUACAAUACAUGAGCUACAAGGAUAACUUGUACAUCAAA